AAGUUAUCAAUAAAACUAAUGUGUGUAGUUAAAAUGACUCAAAAUUCUGCAUUUCCCGUGAAAUAAUAUUUGUUUUGUGUCAUUUCGCAGGACGAGAAGGACCAGGUCCUGGUAACAAACGUCUGGCUCGAUCAGGAAUGGGUAGACGAGUUUAUGCGAUGGGACCCGGAUCAGUUUGCCAACAUCACCACCAUACGCAUCCCCUGCAACAAGCUCUGGCUCCCAGACAUUGUCCUCUAUAACAAUGCCGCCGAGUACACAGACGGGUUAAUGCCUGCAAAUGCCAUGGUCAAGUACGACGGCAACAUCUUCUGGCCCAUACCGACCAAACUGCAGAGCUCUUGCAAAGUUGACGUCACUUACUUUCCGUUCGAUGAGCAGGAGUGCUACAUGAAGUUCGGAUCUUGGACUUACGAUGGAUUUCAGGUUGAUAUUACCAAUCGAACCGAGAAGGUCGAUCUAAGCAACUACGUGAACAACGGCGAAUGGGAGCUGCUGAACAUACGUAUAGAGCGUAACGUCGUGACGUACGCGUGCUGCCCGGAGCCGUUCCCGGACGUCAAGUUUUACAUCCACAUCCGGCGUCGUACGCUCUACUACAUGUACAACGUUAUAUUCCCGUGCAUCAUGAUGUCCGCCCUCACACUGCUCGUGUUCUGUCUGCCACCUGACUCCGGAGAGAAGAUUGCCCUAGGUAUAACAGUGCUAUUGGCGUUCUCCGUAUUUAUGUUGGCAGUCGCUGAGAAUCUCCCUGAAACAUCGGAGUUCGUUCCGCUGAUCAGUAUCUACCUCACUAUUGUGAUGGCCCUGACCUCGAUGUCGGUCAUUAUGACCGUGUUCGUCCUCAACCUUCACCACAGAGGUCCAAACAAGAGGGCUGUACCGAGGUGGCUAAAAAAACUGCUGCUAAACGGGAUGUCCCGGUUCCUUUGCUUGCAGGAAAGUAAACACGACCCUGGGCGUUACUACGACAACGAAGAACGAUUCAUAAAAAAUGUGUCGCUGAAGAUUACGCUUGACAACAUUCAACAGGCUCUCGAGAAUGAGGCUAAACUAGAAAACAUUGAAACGAUGAAUCAAGCAGAUACCGAUCUUUCAAAUAAUUCUUCGCAUUUUGCGUCACCUCUAGACAGAGAACGUAUGGACAAUACUUCCGAUGUACAGCGCAGCAACCACGUUGAUUUCGCCCGAUUGGAGGGUUCUGACUGGAAUCAAGUGACAAGCUCGAUAUAUCCUUCUCAAACGCAACACUACUAUCAGUUUGACCCGCGGACAAGUGAAUUCAGUUCUGUAACAGGAGUAAACAUUUUCCCAAACGCAGUGUCAGAAAUAAUCUCCUCUCAGACCAACAACCGACUGGGUGUCCAGGGCAGGCAGGACAACAACCACAAAUCGAAGCGCCGCGCGAAAUCUAUUCUUUCGAAAACGAACGAAGAGAUACUGACCUCUCUGAAGAGGAUUCUGGAAAAGCACGAGAAGGAAGAUCGAGACUAUGAGGUGGUCCAGGAAUGGAGGCGCGUGGCGCAAUGUGUCGACCGCAUCCUGUUCUUUAUCUUCUUUAUUGCUACCUUUUCUUCUACCAUUGGUAUUCUGGUGAUUGCCCCUGCGACACAGUACUAGGGCGGCGAGGUUGUAUCGUAGCCGAAUCUUCCGCUAAUGAAAUUAAUGAAACAGUUAUUGAGCAUGCAAUGUUUGCGAAUGUGUUUUCUUCUGUCAAAUACGAAUAUACACUUGCAUUAACUUACUCUUCAAAACUGGUGUGUGUGUGUGCAAAGCAAUAAUAACGUUAUAAUUCUAUUUCUAAUGUUCACAGUCAAAUCGUUACCAUUUAUGGCGCUUGCAUGCAACAUUUUAUAUUAAAGUAUUUUCAUAAAAUCACAAAAUAUCGCAGUAAAUCGUUAACUAUUUGUUCGCCGGCUUGCAAUCGUGCGUCUUUUGGAAUUCAGUACGGAUAAAACAUGUAGAAACUUUAGUUUUCUUAAAAACGUGAUAGGUGAAUAGUCACAAAUAUGUUUGAAACAAACAAUGUGUGUUAAAAUGUUUCAAUCCUUCUUUAUCGGACAUCAUGAGUAAUACAAGCUACUUUCAAAACGCACUGUAAGCACCUGGCGUAAAUGUAAAUCUUCAGUAUCGGAUGGAUUAAUCGGUUGAAGCUGAAAAUGGAAAUAUCGGUUUUGUAAACACUUCCCUUCAUGUAAACAUUUUCAUUAUGUAUAUUGAAACA